GUUCUUCCUCAAGUUCUUCCUGAAGUGUAACCAGAACUGCCUGAAGAACGCAGGGAACCCUCGGGACAUGAGGCGUUUUCAGGUGGUCGUGUCGACUACGGUGAGCGUGGAGGGUCACGUCCUGGCCGUCUCCGACAACAUGUUUGUGCACAACAACUCCAAACACGGCCGCCGGGCCCGAAGACUAGACCCCUCGGAAGGAACGCCGUCCUACCUGGAACACGCAACCCCCAGCAUCAAAGCCAUCAGUCCCAGUGAAGGCUGGACCACAGGGGGCGCCACAGUCAUCAUCAUCGGGGACAACUUCUUUGACGGCCUGCAGGUCAUCUUCGGAACCAUGCUGGUCUGGAGUGAGCUGAUCACCCCCCAUGCCAUUCGUGUGCAGACUCCACCCAGACACAUCCCCGGAGUGGUGGAGGUCACGCUGUCCUACAAAUCCAAACAGUUCUGCAAAGGCACACCUGGACGCUUCAUCUACACAG